AUGCAGCACCAGCCUUUGGGGUUCAGGGCUUGCCUCCCCCUCCGCCUCCAGGCCUGCCUCCGCCUGCGGAGCGUUACGGCGAUGUCGAUGUUCGCGCCGAUCGAGGAGAUGACCAAAGGUGCCAAGCGUCCGGCAGAGGAGGGAAGGGCCAAGGGGGGCGAGGAGGCGGCCGCCGACAGUCAGGGCGGGGGCGCGGAGACACGUCGCCUCACGCUCCUCAUGGCCAAGUUGCUCUUGCAACACGAGGACAAGAAUCGCGGGGACGCGAGGGGCGACAACUUCACGGUCACGCUGCUGCAGGACAGCCCGCUGCAGCGCGCUCUCGCAGCCGGCGUGGACCGCUACCAGGCCGCGAACAAGAAGGCUCAGGAGGACGCGGGCGACGGCGAGUUCAAGGGGAACCCGCUGGGCAAGCGCCCCGACGUGUACGCCAAGCAGCUCAUCUUUCGCCUCCACGAGGCCGCGAAGGCAGCCGGCGCGAAGGUGACCGACGCGGCGAAGCAGGGCACGAUGGCGGAGGAGACCCUCCAGGCCCUCGACACUCUCUCGAAGUACGCGACGCUGGUCCAGGACCCGGGCUUCCGCUUCACCGCGACCCGCUGCUUCAGCGUCGACUUGACGAACCAGGACGACGCGGACGAGGAGGACAAGCCGAGCGUGCGCUGGGUGUUCGCCGUGAACCACCACGUGGAUCUCAAGGCAGCGCUGAUGACGCUGCGCCUGAACGGGUGCUUGCAAGCCUGCCACGUCAACUUGGGCUUCGACCACGCCCCCCGCUGCAGGACGGCGAAGGCAAUCGAGAAAAUCGCAUUCAAAAAGGGCACGGCGCAGCACAAGGGCAAGAAGAAAGCCAAGAAGCAGUAG